AGAUGCUCCAGCAGGGGAUGUUUGUACUAAAGUAAAACGCCUAUCUAUAACAAUGGAAGCGACAGAAGUGGGGAACAUUGUUACAGUGGAGUUGCAGAAUGGAAGUGUUGAGAACAAAACAAUAAAGAAGGAAGAAGAUGAAGAUGAAGGUUACCUUUAUGGAGGAACAUUCAACCCUGAGGGAACCAGUUCCUCUGCUGGAGACGUUGCUUCAGUGGACCAGCUGCCUGAAGGUGUCAUGAAAAAGCUUAUAAAAGAAGAAGAUGCUGAAGAUGAAGAUGAUCACAAACUGGACGAUGAUUUCUGCUGCUACUUGUGUCCAUUUUCCUGUUCGGCCCAGAUUUAUCUCUACAAGCACAUGAAGAGUUGUCACAGCGGCAAAAACGAGACGCUUAUUAAAUCUGAAGAGCAUGAAGGUAAAAAUCCCAGUGAUCAGCAAACCUCCUCUGAUCCUCAAGAACAAAAACAGAAGGACAUUAACUGCUCAGAUUGUGGAAAGAGCUUUCGGUGGCAGAGUGAUCUCAAAAUACACCAGCGCAUUCACACCGGAGAGAAGCCGUACUGCUGCUCACAGUGUGGAAAGUCCUUUAAACAGCUGGGUCAUUUAAAAAUCCACCAGCGCAUUCACACUGGAGAAAAACCAUAUAGCUGUUCGCAGUGUGGAAAGUGUUUCAAUCAUCACUCUCAUCUCAAAAUUCACCAGCGCAUUCACACUGGAGAGAAACCAUACUGCUGUACACAGUGUGGGAAAGCUUUCAAGCAACAGACUCAACUCAAAAAGCACCAGCACAUUCACACUGGAGAGAGACCGUAUCAGUGCUCGGAAUGCGGGAAGGGUUAUGUCUGUCAUAAUCAUCUCAUAAUCCACCAGCGCAUUCACACCGGAGAGAAACCGUACCAGUGCUUAGAGUGUAAGAAAUGUUUCUAUCGACAGUGCCAUCUGAAAAGGCACCAGCUCACUCACACCGGAGAGAAGCCGUUUUCAUGCACACAGUGCGGGAAGAGCUUUAAUCGAAAUCACUGUCUCAAGAUCCACCAGCGCAUUCACAGUGGGGAAAAUCUGUUGCUCUGCACACAGUGCGGGAAGAGUUUCAAUCAACCCCAUUAUCUUAAAAUCCACCAGCGCAUUCACACCGGAGAGAAACCGUUUUUCUGCACGCAGUGCGGGCGGUGUUUCAGCGAUGGGAGCUCUUUUAAAAGGCACCAGCGCAUUCACACCGGAGAGAAGCUGUAUCAGUGCUCGCAGUGCGGGAAGAGUUUCAAACAUCAUCACUAUCUUAAAGUGCACCAGCGCAUUCACACCGGAGAGAAACCGUUUUUAUGCUCUCAGUGUGGGAGGCGUUUUAGCGACCAGAGUCAUCUUAUAAGACACAAGCGCAUUCACACAAAAAAUAAAUAAGACAUAAUGCUGCUUACAGUGAGGGAAGAGAUUUAGUAACUCGAGUUAUUAAACUCACCGUGUGGAUUUACAUGUAUAAUACAGUAAAUAUACACCGAUCAGCCAUAACAUUAAAACCACCUCCUUGUUUCUACACUCACUGUCCAUUUUAUCAGCUCCACUUACCAUAUAGAAGCA